CUAGUCGAGAAAGAGAGGGAGGGAAAAGGAGUGACUAGGUUUCCGUGCAGGUUGCAAGCGGAAUUUAUUAAAAGGCAUCGGCGACCGCCUCCUACGGCACCAGUAGCUUGGGAACGCGGGAUCGAAAAAGGGCUACCGAAAGUGAGUAUUCGGUUGUCGCUGCAUCAUUACCUCCCCUCCACCCCUAGGGGCCAUGUGAACUUUUGUGGAGGUUCUGCUUCAUCUUUGAUUUUGGGUUUCUUGAAACGUGCUUGUACGGACGUUCUGGUCGAGAGGAGAGUGUAACUGGCGAAAGAGUUGUUGAUAUACCGCAGAGUUCCCAACCACUCUUAGCUAUUAUCGGAUCAUUAUAUAUCGUGCCCCACUCUCAACUAUCGCCCUCUUGUGUGGCCCUUCUUGGUCUCAGCCAUGGCUCACCUCCAUCACCACCACUCACAGCACAGCAGUUCUGCUCCGGGCCAUCCACAGCAACAGCAACAGCAACAGCAUCAUCAGCAAUCUCUUCAGGCGCUCCAACAGGAGCGGUACCAGCUUGCUUCGGCCGUUUUUCAACUUGAUACUGGGCUAGAGUUACCACAGACUGAAAUGUUAACCAACCAACCCCAUGCACUACGUCCCUUGCAGUCGCAAGGGCAGUCUUCCUCACCCACCAGUUUCCACCUGAGCAUGGACGCGCAUCAAGUUUCGGGCCCUGGAGGACUAUUAACCCAACUUCCGACUUCUCAAGCGCCCACCAUAGAAUCACAAGUUCGCAUGCAAUACCAGCCUCCCACUCUUCACCACUCGCGCACCCCUUCAGACCCUAGCUCCUUCUUAGAGAUGCAGCCUCAUAUGUCUCUUCACCAAAGCUUACAAUCUAUGUCAAAUCCACCACCUCCGUCUUCCCCGGUUCGAUCUACUCACCAGCAGUCGCACCAACAGCAUCACCGGCAUGUUCAACAACAGCGGCAAGCCCCAGCCACCUUGCGACCUAUGCCGCCGCCCACAACUGACAGGCAAGGAAAUCGGAUGGUGAUGUCAACCUUGGGAUCUUCUGGCCCAAUCCAGGGCUCCGGAGUUGGCACACCUUCAAAUAGGUCCCGGGUAGGAAUGGGUUCAGAAAUUUUGGCGACAUCGGGAGCCGAGAGCCAGGUAGGAGAGCCUCCUUCCCUAACUUUACCAGGGAACGCAAACCCUAGGCCAAGUAGUGGACAGAGUAGUGGUCGUGUUUCUGGUGGUCACACUGGAAUAACGCCUGGGGCGACAAGUCAAAUCACCCCGGUGAAGGAUCAGGAUGGGAAAUUUCCUUGCCCUCAUUGCCCUAAAACGUAUCUUCAUGCAAAGCAUUUAAAGAGACAUCUUCUGAGACAUACUGGUGAUCGCCCUUACCAAUGUAUUUUAUGUAAGGAUACGUUUUCAAGGUCAGAUAUCCUGAAGAGACAUUUUCAAAAGUGCUCUAUCAGGAGGGGAAAUCCUACUGGGGCAACACAUUUAAGCCAUGCGCAUGCUCACCAACAGGGAAGACGGCCUAAUCACCAUCAUCCUGCUCCCCCUCCACCACCACCUCCGCCUCCUCUGCCGGCGGAGAGUCCGAUCUCAACUCCCAUUGUUGCUCCUGCGGAAGGGUCCGAUAGAUUCUCUCCGGAAUCAUCCUCGGAAGGGAGGGGAUCGACUACAAGAUCUUGUGACCAAUGCGUAAGAUCGGGGGCCCAAUGCGACUCAGGCAACCCCUGCGAGAGAUGCCGGAUGAGGGACGGAGUGGAAUGCUCUUACUCGGGGAUCCCUCGAAGAACAGAUUCUGGGAGCGAAAUUGGUUUGAUGUCGAUGCCCGAGCUUUCGGAUUCAUCAACAUUAAAAGGUCAACCAGUGGGAUACGGGGAAGGAUUCAAUUUCCCCCCACCGACACAUCCUCAUGCUCAUGUGGCGCAUUCGGGUCGACAUUCCCUUUCGCCCCCGCAACGGCAAUCACAAACUCCUGAUAGCCAACAACAAUCGUCCCACCAUGCCGGGGUCUCACAAUCUCCUGCAAAUCCGUUUUAUAACAGUGGAUGGGAGAAUUUAAUAGAGUUACCGGAGCAGCAAUUUUUGCCAUUUUAUUUGCCUCCAUCUACACAAUCCCCUAGUGAUGGCAUUAGCACUUCUGUAGGUGGAAUAGACCAAUCCCUCCAGGAUAGUGACCAACCAGUAUAUGGCAUGUACUUCCCCACUGAUCUAACGGACAUGCCGCCUCUGGGCCCAUUAGGAGGAGUGUUUGGUGGCUGGGAUAUUACACAACAAAUCGACCCAUUACAAGUCAAAUGUGACCAGCUCAUCGCAAUCUGCUUUCCGGAAAGCCCCGGCCGGGGAAACUCAUCUGCCGGAUCACCUGACCAAAGGAUUGAAUCAGAUUCUACAGCCGAGGAUUUGAAAAAGUGGCUGACCCCGGAUCAUGUUAAGCAUUUUGUCCGGUUGUUUUUUAUCAAUUUCCAGGGGCAUUUCCCGAUGAUCCAUUUGCCGACUUUCAACAUGCUCACCAUAGCAGACGGUCUCUUGCUUGCCAUGAUCUGCAUUGGUGCAGUCUAUUCAGAUAAGGGCAUCACAGCUGAGGAUGUUCGGGCGAUGAUCGAUAGGUCUUUUGCAGCAUUGGAUGGAGCUGAUCACGGUUUGAGCGAUGGGAGCCAGGUAUCGACCUCAUGGCAACUAGAAGAAAUCCAGGCCCGAUAUUUCCUUCAUGUAUUAUCUGCUUGGCAUGGUACUUUCCAUCAAAGAGAAAACACCAGAAGGGCCUACGGGACUGUUAUCACAAAAGCCCGGGAAGCAGGCCUUUUCUCUCCAUUCACACCUAGCAAUCCGGGAGCCGCAGGGUUUAGCAUAUGCCAUCAGGUUGGAGACCACCAGUCAUCAAGUCCGGCAGAUUGGGAUUGGGCGUCGUGGGUAGAGCAGGAAAGAAGGAAUAGGGUGAUGUUUGGGAUCCUGCUCUUGGACACCGCAUAUGCAAUUUUCUUCAACCACCCCCCACGCGUGAACCUCCACGAUAUCAGGUUAACACUACCGUCUGAUGAUGCUUCCUGGGAUGCCCUGGAUGCCGAGGAAUGCGCCAAUGCCUUGGGACUGAAUGGUGAAGGGCCGAAUAUUAAGAAUAUAACUGGUUCCAGGAGAGUACAACAGCCAGAAUUUAUGGCAACCGUGACCGCGCUUCUUGAACCUUCUCAAGAGUUCAAGCCGGGGACCACGAAUGCCUACUCAAAGUUUAUUCUUGUUCAUGCCCUGCACUCGCAUAUAUGGGUUACUCAACAGAGGCUGCCGAACGCUACCGAAAUGGGAAUUGGCCAGGCAAUAGGGAGCAUGACUAAUUCAUCCCUGGAAUGGAAGAAUGAAGGCGGUGUAUUGAGCGCCAAUGGCGGGAGCAGUGGGAGGGGAACACCAGAAGGAUUCAUAGAUAACACUCUAAUCGGUUGUCAGCAACGACCCAACACCUUAUCGGAAGCAGCCCGCGCGGUAAGGAUCUGCCAAUACUCGUUGGAGAAGUGGAAGAAAGCGUGGGAGACAGAUCUUCAUAGCCAAUUUCCACUACCCACUGCAAGAGUGGGUUUUGGGCGGGACGGAUUGCCCUUCUAUUGGCUGGCGAAGCUGUACCUUGCACGUAACCGGACAACCGAAUGGAGGCAUGGAAUCGACGAUGAUCGGACGGUUGCUAGGGUUAAGAAUAUGUUGAAGCAUGUGCGAGGGUUUAUCGCGGACGAUACUGGAAGACUGGACCUGCAGGGUGCUGUGUCGGCGAUAGAUGAUGGAUACGCUAUGGAUGAACUCACCUAUGAUAUGAAGUUGCUAUUUAGGCCUAUCGGGACGGAUUCAUCGCCGAGCUAG